AGUACAUAGAGAUGAAUGGCAAACUUCCAACCGCGACGCGAACCAAGGGCGACUCUUCCAGCAACCGGCUGGCGAGGUGGCUCGCGGAUCUUCGAGACAAGAGAUUGUAUGACAAGCCUGAGAGGAGGAAGAUGCUGGAGGAAGUGGACCCUUUAGUGAAAGAGCGUUUGCAGGAAUGGGACGACAGGGAACUAAAGAUUGACCUGGCACGAUGGGAAAAGCAGUUGGAGAAAGUCCUCCACAUCACGGAGGUGCACGGGCGGCUCCCGGAACGAACGUUGGAAAACGCAGAGUACGAGUGGCUCAGAGUGCAACUCCGACGAUUCGACGCUUUGCCGCCUGAGCUGGCAAAGCGGCUUCGUGGCUCCCAUCCACUCAUCGCAGCAAAAACUGCUAGGACCUCAGGAGGUCGGAACAAAAAGGGCCGCUGCCAUUCUCAAGGGGGGCCGGUGCAGAGGAAAGUGCAUCAAAUAUCAAGUGCAUCAAGUAUCCGAAUAUCGGUGAAGUUUGUUUUGUGUGAAAUGUGUGAAGUGAUUUGGGCUCUCGGAUCCAAAGAAGGCCCAGGUGUUGAUGUUUGUGAGCGACGCUGUGUCCAAAGCCAGCGAGGAGCUUUUUUGUGUUGCGGGGUUUUAGGUAGUGACAACCUAGCAAGCGGAUGUUUUUUUUUCUCUUUUGGCUACCCACGAGGCCAGGGGCAGAAGAGGUGUAACACCAUUCGCCUCCCCACAGAAGGCAGACCAUCGAAAUGGAAUUCAUUUUGAAUCACCGCCGCCCAAGACAAUGUAAAGCAAUGCUGGUGGUUUUGUAUGGGGUGUACUGUAUAGGCCUACGGCAUAUGGUGCCACUUGGCAAUGAAGACUGUUUUGCUGGACCCAAAUGCUAGGCGCGACGGGUUGCGGUCGGUUUGCUCAUGGAGUUCCAAAUGUCCCUGUCAAGUGGAAGGUAAACAGACAUGACAAAUGCAUUGAAUUGAUUUGAAUGGCGAGUCCUGCAGGGAAAAGGCUCCAUAAACAGCAUUUGAUCUGAUAAUAAGAGAUGGGAACACACGAAACCAUUUUUCAUGCGCACAUUUACAUUUUCCAGCCUGCUUUCUGCAACUUGAGCGAUUAUUGAUUUGUGUGACAGGAAGUUUGUUUCUUCAAAUUCUUUAGCACUAGAGUCGCAGGUCGGCAAGAGCAUGUUUGAUUAAGUUUGCUCCAACCAGUGCUAAGCUUGCAGCCACCGGCCCGAGCGCAGAGUGCUGCCGCCGAGUCUUCGGGAGUUCCAAGGACUCCUUGGGGCGGUUGAGAAGCACCUCGUUGAUUGGCCCUGAUGGCACCGCGAAGGCGGGGACGCCGUGGCGGCCGCCUUCUCCUCGGCCUGGUCGGCGUCUUGGGCGCAAUGCGGCUGAUGGCUGAGAGGAUGGAGGUCGGCUUCGCGGGUUGGAAGAUGGAUCAGAUGGGUCUUGGUCCUGGAGCGCUCCUGAGGCUGAGAAGGUGGCAGAGGACAGGUGGUUCGCUGGUGCCACAUGCUGCGACGGCAGAGGCUUCGACAGUAAG